CAAACCAGCAACCAUGUCUUUUGUGGACACCUUGCGCCAGUGGGACCAGGCUGUAACUUGUGUUGACAAACAGGAUUUGACAGAGGCUCUCAGGAUUUUCCUGUCUAUCCAGGAGCCAAACUCCAAAAUUUAUUUUAACAUUGGCUGUCUCCAUCUUCUUAACCAAGACCUGGAUGCUGCUGAAAAGGCGUUUGAUUGCAGCAUAGGAAAGGAUGAACAUUUGGCUGUGGCCUUCUUUCAAAGAGGAAUGACAUUUUACCGAAAGAAGAGGUAUGAGGAGAGUUUAGCUGAUUUCCAGCAAGCCUUCAAAGCACUAAGGGGCAACCAACUGAUAGAUUACAAAACACUUGGUCUCAGAUACAAAUUAUAUGCAUGUGAGGUUCUCCUCAAUAUGGCUCUGUCUGAGGCUCAGCUGGGCAACUGGGACAAAGCCCACGGAAACCUCGUGAAGGCUCUCAACAACAAGACAGAUGCCAAGCUCAAUAUCAUCGACAGAGCUCUUGAUUCAGCCCUGAAACAGAAACUUUUCAAACCGGUUGAGUUUCCAUCAAAAGUGUUAUUUAAACCGAAUAAGCACUAUGUUGCUGAGUUGGAGAAGAAGGACUACCUGGGCAAAUCAACGGUCGUUGCCUCGGUCGUUCCUCAGGACGCCUUCUCUGGAUUCGCCCCCUUACAGCCACAGGUUAAAGAUGGCCCUACGUGUCCAAAAGAACCUGAGGUUUUGAGGGCUCUGGAAGGAGAACCCCACACCGUCCUGUUCUUGUUCGUUCCUGAGACCAGUGACGAGUUGGCCGUAGUGCCGGGCAACAUUGUGUUUGUACUGCAGAAGGGUGCCGACAACUGGGCCUCUGUGAUCUUCAACGAAAGAAGGGGACUCGUUCCUUACAAUUACCUUGAACGUUUGGAGAUCUCCUUGGCUUCCAAACCGAAUGAGGGACCGGGGAAAUCUCAGCCUCCGAGUCGAGAACCGCCCAUCAGACCUGAGAGGAAACAAGGUCUUACUCCUAGCGGGAACAGUAGUGGAGACACACAACAAAAGGAUGAACAGUCUACCGACAACUUGUGUAUUGUCAAAGUCCGUUUCACGUUCAACUUUGCUGUCUCAGUACCGCUCGGGUCUUCCUCUGAAGUACUGAUUGACAAAAUCAGUAAGAAACUGAAUCUCCCGUCAACUGCAAUCACUUUGAGUUUAACCUCCGAGGCAACGGAACAAAGUGUAAUCACCCCCAGCACAGACAUGGAAAGUGUGUGGCGUGGUGCCAGUGGUCUGCGCAUCACCUUGUGGUGUCACGCCAACGAGCACACUGAUGGAACUCCACAGAGCGAGGUUCACUUGGUGGCACUUCAUUCCUAUGAGUCGUCGAACCCAGAGGAUCUCAACUUUCAUCAAGGCGAUACAAUCACAUUAAUCACUAAAAUUAACCAGGACUGGCUGGAAGGACAAUGUAGUGGGACCACUGGUAUAUUUCCUGCAUCCUUUGUGGAAGAAGUUCCUGUCAACGGCCGGUCACUUGAGUGAAUACAUGUGACCAGAGAACAUGCUGGAGCCAGGAAUACAGCGGAGGGGCCAAGGCUGAAAAGUGGUCGGGACCCCCGACCAAAACAUUCAGAAUCAACUACAUUUGAUGAAUCGCAUAUUAUUCACUGAUGAAACUUUUGAACACUUUAAUUAAAUUAAAUCUUUUUUCACAACAAAUA